AUGCCGAAGAAUAAAGGAAAGGGCGGGAAGAACCGCCGAAGGGGGAAGAACGACAACGAGGGAGAGAAGCGUGAGCUCCAGUACAAGGAAGAUGGACAGGAGUACGGACAGGUGCUGCGCAUGCUGGGGAACGGCCGUCUCGAGGCGUACUGUUUCGAUGGCGUCAAGCGUCUCUGCCACAUUCGCGGGAAGAUGAGAAAGCGUGUGUGGGUCAACAGCGGAGACAUUGUCCUCGUCUCUCUUCGCGACUUCCAGAACGACAAGGGGGAUGUCAUUGCAAAAUACAACCCCGAUGAGGCGCGACUGCUGAAACAGUAUGGCGAGCUGCCGGCGAACGCGAAGAUCAACGAGAGCGACGUUUUCGGAGACGAAGAUGGUGGUGGCGGAGGCAUCGACUUCCAGGACGACUCCGAUGUCUCCGAUGAGAGUUCAGACGAGGAAGACGGAAAGAACAAGGAUAAAGAUAUGGAUAUUGAUGACAUUUGA